AUGGCCUCACGAAACGAAAUACACAUCAAUGACUUGCCAGAAUCCAUUGACUCUAUCACGUUCGAUGCUGCUGGGCUUGGAAAGUUGAAAGGCUUUCUAUUUGAUGGCUCCAUUAGCCAGUUCAACAAUAUUCCCUAUGGCGAGGUUCCUGGCCGUUGGAUGUCUGCUCUUCCAGUAAAGACGCCAUGGGAACAGGAAGGCGUACGAGAUGCGCAGAAACACGGCACUUAUUGCCCGCAGCCGCCUAGAAGAUUCUACCCAAUCCCCUUGAUCGAUCGACCCUAUACGCCAAUGCCCACUCAGGACGAGUUCACUUGUCUCAACCUCAAUAUUACCAUUCCGGCAUCAUCACCUCCACUGGGAUCUCCUCUCCCAGUUCUCCUCUGGAUUCAUGGAGGAGGCUUGGCUGCAGGUACUGGGAAUGCACCAAUGAUGGAUGGUCGAGUAUUAGCUGCAAUGUCAGUUCAGAUGGGCCUCCCAACUCUGGUCAUCACUCUGAACUACCGCCUCGGGGUAUUUGGUUUUAUGACGAAUAGUGAUAUAAAAAAUGUCAAUUCGGCAUCCGGACAACAGACAGCAAACUGGGGAUUAUAUGAUCAAAGACUAGCAAUUGAGUGGGUUCAAACACACAUCUCUGCUUUCGGUGGUGAUCCAAGUAAUGUCACUAUAUUCGGAGAGUCUGCAGGCUCAACAUCUGUUCACUGGCACUUGUCUGGUCCCGCAUUAUUCCGUCGUGCAAUUCUCAUGUCGGGAACUACAUCUACUUGUGGCAUCUCUACCACAGAACAGUAUAACGCCGCGUGGCAUAGACUUGCAGAUCAUUUUGGCGUGUCAAAAACUCUUAGUGCAGCGGAAAGAGUCAAUGCGAUGCGUAAAAUCUCUGCGCAGGACUGUCUGGUUUCACAUGAUCUACACGAUUGUCUUAUCCCCGUUGCUCAAGUUUGUGAUGAUGGAAAGGUCAACUUAUGGAAGUGGGGAGAUACUGAGGCAAAAUUCCCUGUAUGGUGUGAUGUCAUGCUUGGGGAUUGCAAAAACGAGGGAAUUCUUUUUGAUCAUCGUGGGCGUCUCGAUUUGAAUGGUCAACAACUCAUUGAUGACCUUGAAAAAUUCAUGGGAAGAGCCGAUGCAGCUACAAUCAUUGACGCUUACGAUAUCACCGCUGAGUUGACAACGGAACAAGGUUGGGCAAAAAUAGAGCAUAUGCUCACGCACUCCGUCUUUUCACUUCCAAACUACACCCUCGCAAAAGCUAAUUCAAAUGUGUUGCUGUACCAUUUUGACGAGCCGUCCACUUUCGAUGAGGGCAUCGUUGACGGUGAAAGAGCUCCAAAUGCUUGGAAAAAUUUCGCGCAUCAUGCAUUAGAUGAUAAAUACAUUUUCAAUGUGUUGCGUCCUUUGAUGACGUCCUCUCAGAAGAAGGUUGCAGAGAGCAUGGCAUACGAUUGGCUAUCCUUCGCUCAUGGGAAAGACCCAUGGCCUCGAUUUGAUAUCAAGACAUCACCGUUUGUUAAGACAUUUGGACCAGAAGGCAAAAGCGAGGUGAAGACAUUGGAGGCCGACAACCAGAAAAGAGCUUAUGACAGCAUGGAAAAAGUUCUCCAGGCUGGUUUAUCGGGAAAAUUUGGCGAUUGGGGGGAGGAGAGAGCCGAGAAUAGGUCCGAUUUACUUCGAGACCCGUGGGUUUGA